AUGUUUCCAUCAAAGAAAACACUUUCUGAAACUUUACCUAAAACUUUAAAAUUUUUUAAAAAUAUUACAGUUAUUAUAGAUUAUACGGAAUUUCAAUGUCAGUCACCAUCAAACUUUGAACAUCAAGGAAAUUUAUACUCUUCGUACAAAGCUCGAACUACUUAUAAAGCACUAAUUGGAUGUACUCCUAAUGGAGGUGUAUGCUUUGUAUCAGAUUUAUUCGAAGGAAGUAUAUCAGAUCAUGAAAUAUUUAUUAAAUCAAAUAUUUGUGAUUUCCUGGAACCUGGAGAUUUAGUGUUAGCAGAUAGAGAAUUUACCGUUCAUGAUAUUGUUGAAUUGAAGCAAGCUUAUUUAAAUAUACCACCGUUUUUAAAUGGUAGGAAAAGAUUAUCACCUCAAGAAGAAAUGGAGACAAAACUGAUGGCAAAACAGCGUAUCUACAUUGAACAUGUUAUUGGAAGAAUUAAACAAUUUCGAUUCCUUCAGAAAGUUCUACCUUUAAGUGUACGUUCACUGAUGUCCCAAAGUCUUUUUGUAUGUGCUUGCUUAGUUAAUUUCCAGUCACCGAUUGUUAUUGAUUAA